AUGGCGACUCUCUCAAUUAGCGGUCUUCAGUCUUCUUUGGAGAGGCUGAGUCUCGACACCCCUCUCCCUUCUUUCCCGGUCGCCGACGUUCUAGUACGCCCUCUUGAUAUUUAUCGAUCAUACAUAGCCCAGAUAGUGGCUCAAGUCGCGGAAUGCGACCCCGCGCUCGCAUACGAGGCUGUUCAGACAACGGGGACGAUUUCCAUGGGUGAUCUGGCGAUCAUUCUGCCUCGACUCAAGAUUAAAGCAAAUGCAGAAGUUGCGGCCAGUUUCCUCGACAAGUUUCCCAAGUCUCCCCUGUACACUUUCCCUUUCGUCGACGGAAUCCACAUCCGAAUCUUCUCUUCCCCCUUCACCCUCCCCAGACUUCUCCUUCCCUUCAUUGCCGAUCGCAAAGAGCUCUAUGGAGGCGAUGAGUCGUUUGGUCUUCGAGACUCUGCAGCACCAGACUCCGGUCGGCAAAAGGUCAUCGUCGAAUUUUCCUCUCCAAAUAUUGCCAGCGAAUUCGAGGGCAGGCACCUCCGAAGCACCAUCAAUGGCGCUGCCAUCGCCAACCUCUACGAGCGCAUGGGAUGGGAUGUCGUCAGGUUGAACUAUCUCGGCGACUGGGGCAAGCAAGUUGCCCUCCUCUCCGUCGGCUGGGAGAAGUUUGGCUCCGAGGAAGAAUUCCAGAAGGACCCCAUCCGACACCUUCUCGGCGUCUACAAUAAGAUUAUGGAAGCCUUCAAACCUGAGCUCGAAGCUAGUCACCAAGCCAAGGCAGACAACAAGAGCACGGCCGAGAUCGAAUCACAAGGCAUCUACGCCGAACGCGAUGCCGUUGCCAAGCGCUUGGAGGAUGGCGACGCCGACGCGAUGGCGCUCUGGAAGAAGUUCCGCGAUGUGUAUAUCGAGGACUACACCAAGGCAUACGCGCGCCUCGGCAUCAAGUUCGACGAGUACCACGGCGAGUCUCAAGUCACAUCCGAGUCCGUCGUCGAGGUCGAGGCUGUCCUGAAAGACAAAGGCGUCCUCGAAGAGAGUGAGGGCUCUUGGAUCGUCGACUUCAAGAAGCAUGGUGCCAAGGGUCUCAGCACCGCGGUGCUGCGCAAUCGUACCGGCACAACAAUGUACUUGCUCCGAGACAUCGCCAAUGUUCUCGACCUCGACAAGAAGCAUGCAUUCGACAAGAUGAUCUAUGUCGUCACUUCAGAUCAGGAAGCCCACUUCGCCCGCGUCGCUAAGGCUAUCGAGCUCAUGGGUCAUGUCGACCUUGCUAAAAAGCUUCAGCACGUCGGCUUCGGAAAGCUUCAGGGUCUCUCGGCACAACUUGGAAACGCGCAUCUCUUCGGCGACAUGUUGGAUCAAUGUGCGACCGCUGUCCGGGCCGCCAUGGCCGAACAAGAAGGAGCCCCUCCCACCGCCGCAGAGCCCUUUGGCAUCACAUCCCUGAUCGCGCAAGACAUGCACACGAAGCGUAGCAACGGCUAUUCAUUCGACAGCAAGAAGAUGACCGAGUUCGAGGGCGAUACCGGCGCCGGUCUCCAGCUGGCAUACACCCGCCUCGGCUUGGUGUUGAACGAACUCGGAGGAGAUCCCACGGCUCUGGCGGACGUCGACUACGCCCACCUUCAGGAGGAAGAGUACACCAAUCUCUUGCGCUUGAUGGCUCAGUAUCCGGAUGUCAUCAAUGCCGCAUAUAAAUCUUUGGAGCCCUCUGCCGUGCUCGCGUUCUUGUAUCGACUUGUAGAGCAACUUAUCGAGUGCCUCGACGCUGACGAGGGCGAGGACGAGGAUGAGGAAGAAGACAAUGAAGCCCCUGGUGGACCGGAAGUUGAUCUUGCUAGGGCAGUGUUAUAUGAGAAUGCGAGACAAGUCUUCGAGAAUGGGAUGAAGGUUCUGGGAAUCCGCCCUUUGGCAAAUUGA